GCUGCGCCGCGAUUGGCUGACGGGGGGGUUGAAUGUAAGAUGGCGCUCACGGAGAUCUGAGGAGAAAAAAGAAAAAAAAAAAAGAAAAUAAAAGCGUCAAAACAAAGCGUCUUCGACAGAGACGGGGAACCGUGCGGGAGAGGACAGGGAGCGGAGCGCCCAUCCCGAGGUUCAGCGGGGGUCCCGUGUUCUUUCCCCCCGAAGCGCAGUGUUUUUUGCAAUGAAUAACUCCCUGGAAAACACCAUCUCGUUCGAGGAGUACGUGCGUCUGAAGGCCCGCAGCGUGCCGCAGCACCGCAUGAAGGAGUUCCUGGAGUCGCUGGCCAGCAAGGGUCCCGAGGCACUGCAGGAGUUCCAGCCUACAACCACCUCCGCUGCCACUACCAUGGUCUACCAGCAGGGGGCCAACUGCAUCUACACAGACAGCACCGAGGUGGCAGGGUCGCUGCUGGAGCUGGCAUGCCCGGUGCAGGUCCAGGUACAGCAGUCCCCUCAGCAGCAGGUAAAUGCCUCCCAGCUCUCCCCCCAGCACCAGACCUCUGAGCAGCAGCAGCAGCAGCAGCAGCAGCAGAUCCAGGUGCAGGUGCAGAUCCAGGGGCAGCAGGGGGUGAACCAGGCCCUGCAGAACAGCAGCCCCACUCAGCAGCAGCAGCAGCAGCUCCUGUCCAACUCCCAGCUCCAAGCCGUCGCUGCCGCAGCCCAGCAGCUCUCAGUGCAGCACGGGGAGAUCACAGAGGAGCAGCUGCAGCAGCACCAGCAGAUCCAAGCUCAGCUGGUAGCAGCAGCGGCGGGGAGUGGACAGCAGAUCCAGAUCCAAACAGUUGGGGCGCUGUCUCCCCAGCAGCAGCAGCAGCACUCUCCGAGGGACGGGGAGAGGAGGGGGAGCUCUGGGGGAGUCUUGCAGCCGGCUAAGAAGCGCAAAGUGGACAUGCCCAUCACGGUGUCCUACGCCAUCUCGGGCCAGCCUGUGACCACAGUGCUCGCCAUCCCACAGGGCCAGCAGCAGAGCUACCUGUCCCUACGACCGGACCUGCUGACGGUGGACAGCGGCCACCUGUACAGCGCCACCGGCACCAUCACUAGCCCCACCGGAGAGACCUGGACCAUCCCUGUGUACUCGGCCCAGGCCAGGGGGGACCUGCAGCAGCAGAACAUCACCCACAUCGCCAUCCCACAGGAGGCCUACGGGGCUGUGCACGUGGCAGGCUCGCCCACGGCCAUCAAGCUGGAGGAGGACAAGGACAAGAUGGGCGGGGUGGGGGUGGUUUCAGGAAAGGGCAUGGGCUCCUCGCAGGUGGUGUCCACGUCGGCCCACGACGAGGUGGUGCAGACGCUCUUCCCGGCACAGUUCAUGAACGGCAAUAUCCACAUUCCGGUAGCUGUGCAGGCCGUGGCGGGGGCUUAUCCCAACGCCACGCAGUCCGUCCACAUAUGGGACCCGCAGCAGCAGCAGCAGCAGCAGCAGCAGCAGCAGGCUGGGUCUGCACAAGAGCAGCAGCACCAGCUACAGGUGCAGACGGUGCAGGUUGCGGAGGUUGACUCCCAAGCCCAGGCGCCCCCAGAGCUGCUGCUCCCCAACUCCUUAAAGCCGGAGGAGGGGCUGGACGUGUGGAAGAACUGGGCCCAGGCCAAGAACUGCAACCUGGAGAAGGAGUCUCAGAUGAAGCUGGCUCCCAUCGGCAGACGCCAGCCCCUGCGCUUCCAGGAGGAUCUGAUCUCAUCAGCGGUGGCCGAGCUGAACUUCGGGCUCUGUCUGAUGACACGGGAGGCUCGCAAUCUGGAGGGAGAGCCCUUCGAGUCGGAUGUGAUGUACUACGUCUUCCUUUGCAUACAGAAGUACUUGUUUGAGAACGGCAGGGUGGACGAUAUCUUCUCAGAUCCGUACUACUCCAAGUUCUCCCAGUGGCUACACGAGGUACUGAAGGACUGGCAGCCCCGCAUUCACCCACUCGUAUGGCAAGGUUACAUGAUCCCCAGUCACGUGACAGAGGAGAUGCUGUGGGAGUGUAAACAGCUGGGUGCUCACUCCCCUGCCACGCUGCUCACCACACUCAUGUUCUUCAACACAAAGUACUUCCUGUUGAAGACAGUAGAUCAGCACAUGAAGGUGGCUUUCUCCAAGGUGCUGCGGCACACCAAGAAGAACCCCUCCAACCCCAAGGACAAGAGCACCAGCAUCCGCUACCUCAAGGGGGCGGGUAUGCACCACGUCGGGCAGAAAGUGACGGAUGACAUGUAUGCAGAGCAGGCAGAAAACCCAGAGAACCCGCUGCGUUGCCCAAUCAAACUCUAUGACUUCUACCUCUUCAAAUGUCCGCAGAGUGUGAAGGGGCGCAAUGACACGUUCUACUUGACCCCUGAACCCGUGGUGGCGCCCAACAGCCCGAUCUGGUACUCGACGCAGCCAAUCAGCAAAGAGCAGCUGGAACACAUGCUGACACGCAUCCUCAUGGUGCGGGAAAUCCAGGAGGCCAUUGCCAUGGCGACGGGGAGCCUGCACUAGGGGGAGGGGUCUGUCUCCACACCCCGCCCCUUUCCCAUUGCUCAGCCAACACCCCAAACUCCUCCUCCUUCUCUCACUGCCAAAACAACGACAAACCCACAGACUCCAGUACGAGCGAGCGAGACACACAGUGAAGAAGAAAGUUGCCUAGCUUUUCAGUUCUUUUUUUCUUUUUGAAGUCGUGUAUUUCUUUUAAGAGGGGUGAGUGAGAGCCCCUUCCAGGCUUCUUAUAUUUAAAAACAAACAAAAAAUACCCAAGGUGCAUCUUAUAGAAUAAUGAAGGGGCUGCCUGCCAGUAGCUGUUUAUAAUAAUCAUACGAAAGGGCCAGCAGUGUCUUUCUCUUCUUUUUUUUAAUAAAAGGGGUUGUUGGUCUGGUAUAACUUUAUACAACAUAAAGAAACCCAUGCAAACAAGGCCCCUGGCUGUGCUGUGGGGAUCACCUCCUUGAACACACACGAGGGAGGGAGGGGAAGAGAUAUUCAAUAUACAGAGAAAUAUUACAGAAAGCAAGCCACCACCCUCCUAUUAGCAGGCUGUAUAGUCUGGACGAGACGCACUGCAAAGGAAAACAGAGAGAGAUGGACGAUACUAUGGGAGAAAAAAACACACACAGUACCUUUUAAAGGAAGUGGUAUUGAACGAAGGAGUGACGUGAUGGAGUCACAGAGGAACCUUUAUCAGUGGCUGUCAGGAACAUUUCCAAACUUAUCAGCCAGAAGAGGGAAAGCAGCUUUUCUGUUUUUGUUUUUUUAAAGAUGUGUGUUUUGGAUUCUUUUUUUUAAUUUUUAUUAAGAUUGAAGACGAUUCCCCCCCUCGCCCCCUCACCCCCCACUCCCUCUGAACACGUGAACUUUACCAGCCAGCCAAGGAAAGUGGACUCCACGCUGUUGGGUUGUGAGAGCUGCAUUGUAUCAUACACGCCUGUAUUAUAUAUGAUAAAAUUAAGAGACCA